AUGGAGAGAAGUCGUUUCCUCGUGUCAAUAACGUUGUUGCUGCUGCAGUACAGUUCUAUAGGCACAGUAGGUGCAGCACAAACCAACAUCACCACGGACCAGUCUGCUCUUCUUGCUCUGAAAGCCCAUGUCACUAGUGACCCUCACAACAUCUUGGUCAAUUGGUCAACGACCACCUCCGUUUGCAAUUGGGCUGGCAUUGUUUGUGGUGCUCGUCACCUCAGAGUAGCAUCAUUGAAUCUCUCGUACAUGGAUCUCACAGGCACCAUUCCACCAUACUUAGGCAACCUCUCAUUUCUUGUUGAGCUGGACUUAAGAAACAACAGUUUUCAUGGCACCCUGCGCCAUGAAUUGUCUUAUUUGCAUCGCCUCAAGUUUAUUAGCUUCGGAUUCAACAAUUUUAUGGGAUCCAUUCCAUCGUGGUUUGGGUCCUUCCCCAAACUUCAAAGUAUCAAUUUGCGUGAUAAUCAGUUUUCAGGUUCUAUACCGACGAUUAUCUUCAACUUGUCUGCAUUGCGAGUCAUAAGUGUUGGAUCACAACAAGAUGAUUAA